CCUCUAACGAGAGGUUUCAACUUCACAUCAGAGGAAUAUUAAUUAGUCGCAGCAGUCGCACGUGUGAGAGUAGCUGAAUCCGAGAGAGAGUGGAACUCCAUCGACUUCGUGAAGAAAAAAAAAAACGUGACAAAAAGUCAUAACAAAGGGAUUAGGGUGGGACAUGAGGUUUAUUAUUUCUGGAUAAUGUCAAGAGGUACUGGUGCUGUGGAUCUAGGGGGCUUUAUUAAAUCACAAUUAUGGUACACUGCUUGUGCAGUUAAUCGCACCAAGAAUAAUGGUUUUAGUAAUCAAGGAGGAAACAUCGAGUUAAGUAGAUCAAUUGGAUACUUGGAGCGGACGGUCAGUUACAAGUUGCUCUCGAUAUUGAUGAGCGAUAGUGAGGGGAUGGAAAUCCAGAGGAAGACUGAAUUAUUUAGGAGGAUUCUCCUAUUUAUUGAUAAUCAAGUGGAGGAGACUGUCCAACAGGAACUCCUAUCUCUAUUUGCUGCAGUAAUCUCAGCGGGUCAGGACCCACCUCCACCCCCGCAGCUUUCCCCAACCAGUUUGCAAUUCCUAGAACAAAAUCUCUGGCGCAAUCCAGCUCUCGUCCAAUGGACAAUCGAUCAGCUGUUGUGCUUGUGGUCACCGGUGUUUUCGCUGACAGACUCGUCACUCCAGGACAUCGUCCAGGGUGUCCUAAAAGACAUCCUGAAACCCGCCUCAAUUCACUCAUCAACCGAGGCUCAGCGUUGCUCCCACGCAGUGAAAAACACGAGUUUCGUGGAGGAGGGACACCUGGGGGUGCUGCUCUGCUUGCUCUCGAAGGUGGACCUGACAGAAUCGAAAGAGAGAGAUCUGCUCCAGUGGCAGAAUCCAACACUCCUCAAGGCGUGUACCUUCGAGGACGUCGAGCUGUCCUUAUACUCCAGGAAGGACCACAAGUAUUACAAAACUUGGCACAAGUUCCUCGACGAUAUUCUCGCCAGAAGAAAAUUCCCAGAUACUCUGGAUCACGCCUUGAAGAUCACGUACGCCAUUUUCAAUCUGAGGGACUCCCAUCCCUGUCCAGACGAGCUCCUCCUCAGAACGAUAAAGACUAGAAAUCACUGGCUGUCAGAUCUUCUGAAUAUCUUCCACAUCCUCUCCCUUCACGACCGCUUCGACCUCAUCUCUAAGACCCUCAACUCCUCAUUCCCCAGCUUCUGGGUGCUGAUCCUUCUGAAGACUCUCACAGAGGCCUCAGAGGUCUCCCCUGAAGGCCUCAGGAAUCUCCUCUCGAAGUCUGAUCUGAAUUUCCUGGAAAUCGAGAUGUUCCAUCGACUGGAGAAGACACUGCACGAUCAGGUGGAAGUGCUGGAUUGGAUCUCCAGAAAUUCGACAUCCUCGAAACCCUCUCCCAGGGGUAUCCUGUGCCACCUCCAAACGUCCUCGACGCUCUCGGUCCUCAAGUCGUGGGUCGAUAUUCACGAGACAAAUGAAGACGUCAGUCAUCUCCUGACAGACUGCGACGACUCCAAGACCACCAUGAGGGCUUACCUCGUCAUGCUAACCCUUGUAAAAGCGAUUUUCCUCUGCGGGAGUUACAACCAGGAAUUUGAGAAAGUCUCCGAGUGCUUCAGCCAGAUGGAGGAAUUCCUGAAUGGGCUCUACCCCCUGGAUGUCAGGCUCGAGACCAUUGAGAAUAUUUUCUCCAUGAUGUUCAUGAGGCACGAGGAUUUCUCUGCAGAUGUCUCAGACGUCGGCGACGACGAGGACGAUAAAAAGUCGUGGGAGAAAGCCAAGACUGGAUUCAUCUGUAACAAAUAUGCGAUUAGAGAGACCAUUCAUUAUCUUAACAGAUGUCUCUUCGUUGCCAAUGAUUUAUCGAGGGGUCACCAAGAGCUUGAAGACAAGGUAUCAGCGAUGAAGAAGUAUCUGACGGAGGCCGUAUGGCGACUCGAACUGCUGACGAGCUCGGAGUUUCUCAAAAAACAGGGAUUACCAGAUUGUGGGGAACAGGCUGUCACGGAUGUGGGGGGCAGGCUCAUUAAUCAGGGAUGUCGGGAGAAUUUUUAUCGGGCCAAUGAGAGCUCGGAUGAGGCUGACACUAGGAGCGAUUUCGAUGGCAGCUCCGAGAGCGGAUCGAUGGGAAAUAAUGGGUUUAAUCACGGUAGGAGGAGGAGGCGGCGGCCCAGGGGGAGUCUCCCGAGGAGGGGUGGUAAGGAGGGCAGUCUUAAUUACAUGCUGGCCACCACCGAGACUAUCGUCGUCAGGUGUCUCUGGAAGAAUGAUUAUAAGGAGGCGCAGAGGGUCAUUGAGACUCUGGGGAUGGAGAGCAGCUCCUUGGCAGCGGAAAUAAUGUUCUCGCAGGCGAUCAGGGGAUUCAGGGAAGAUAUUAAGAGACAAAAGACUGUCGAGACUGAAGAGGACUUUCCGGCGCGCUCUAAACAUUCCACAAUUAAUAUAAUUCGCCAGGCCGUGAAGGAGGGUCUCCAGUCCUCUCGAAAGACCAGUCAACUCGAGACAUUCCUCGCGUCACAAGAGCCUCGAAUUUCUCUCCUGUGCCCUCCCCUCACCUCCCCAAAACACCUGAUGACCCUGACCUCGCUGGAUCUCACCCUGACCUCAUGCCACGAUCCCCUGACCUCGGAGAACCUCUCGGAGGUCACGAUGAAGCACUUCGAAUCCUCCGAGAGAUUCCAGAAUUCCCGGUACUUUGACCUCUUCCAAACGCUUCAUCAUCUCCUGCAGUCGCGACCUGAGGCUUCAGUCAUUAAAAUCAUCACCGACGCGAGGUGCCCGCUGUCCCUCAAGGAUUCGAAAAAGCGUUUCAGGUACUGGUCAGAUCUGGAGGGGCACCUGAAACCUCUGGAGGGUCAGACAGAAUUCCUGGACCGAGUAAAUAAUCAAGAGCUUCGAGGCACGUUCUCCAAUCUUCUGUCUCUCUGCAACAAUGGCGAUCCCUACCUCCACAAUAUCGACGCCCACCUGGAGAUCCUCUCGAGUAUUUCUCCUCAAACUGGGGCUCCCCAGCUCGCCAGUCCCUCUCUCCUGAAGAACUCCCUCGAUUUCUACAUCGGCUAUCAAAUAUUCGAUCUGAAUACCAAUCUCCAGGUGCUCGAAAAAAUCGCCAACGAUCUCCAGGUUAAUCUUGUGUACAGCAUUCUCGUGAAUUGCUGUCCCAAACUCCCACAUCACGAUCCUAUAGACGAGACAACACCCUCGACCUCCAAAACCUGGGGAACAACGAUUCUGAACAGCUUCGAGGAUCCCUCACUUCCUGAAACCACCGAUCCAAAUCUCUGUGUCAUUCAAAUCCUGUCAGAACUUCUGGAUCUCAUCAGGGAGCUGCACCCAGAGGCCCCUGUGCUCUCACCUGCUGUCCUGACGAUUCUCUCCGGGAACCAAAAAGUGCAGAGGGUCCUCAGGAAGACGGAGAAGCUGUCGUCGGUGGAUUUGAGUCACUUGUCCUUUGGAAAUCACACGCUGUCGUUCUUCUUGAAUCUCUGGAAUCUCCUCUUCCUGCACGCAUCCUUGAGUGUCUGGAGUCAGGAUCCACCCGAGGGGGACCUGAGGCACGCAGUCACUUUGAGAACUAUAGGAUACCACGUCGGUGAUCUGGGGCUCGUGACGAUUUUCACAUUGAGAUCGAAAUUGCUGGGGUCUUUGCCCUCGGACUUUGUCCCAUCCUUCGAGUCACCCGUGGAGGAGUUGAACGAGCCAGCGUGGCAGGACCUGGACCUCCAGCAGGACCCCAGGAGCAUCUUCGGAAUGAUAAAUGAGUUCGAUAUAUCUCCAGUGUUGAAGGUCUAUCAUCCAGACAGCAUGAAUGACGCCCUGAACUCAGCCAUUGAGGAGUAUGUGGGAUUUCACGAGGAGCAUUUUCUGCCUGGCGUCUUCAGGAAACUCGUUCCCUCGGCGUUUACCUUCAGCAUCAGGCUGAAUUACACAAGGUCCUUGGAGGGAACAAAAAAUCAGGACUCAGGUGGUUCAGAGACUUGGCGGACACGCCUGGUAUCACCAAACCUUCUGCAUUACCUCGAAAAUCACUGCUGGCUCCUCUGCUACCUGGUGGAACGCAUCCACGAGAUGUGGAUCUCUUUAUCGCCCUCGAACUUGGAUAGGCGGACCGCAGUCCUGGAGAACCUCCUGAACUCGUCCUCGAUCGAGAGACUAAAGGUCCUCUUUUCAGGGAAUAAAGUGCUGGCUGGACUCCAGAAUCACGUACCUGUGGGACAGCUGUGGCAGGUACUCGAGGGGUUUCUCAUCAAGAAGGAGAUGAAACGAGCGCUUGAUCUUCUGGACAAUCUUCCCGACGCCUUUAUCUUGAAGAACGUCGAGAUUCAGAAGCUGAAGGAUGAAAUUCUCGUCGAGAUUAUCGACGGUGAGGACCCGAACAGCCCUGCGAUCCUCCAGAAUUUGUACCAGAUCCAGGACGAGCAGACGCUGGCUCAGGUGAUACUCUCGGAGGUGAAGGUCUGGCCUGUGAGGACCUGCGAAGAUGCUCUUCUCCAUUUACUUCGUCACACCAGAAGGGAUAGAAUUCCACUCCACUGCAGGUCUGAUCUCAUCGAGAUCCUCUGCAGGGUAAUGGUUUUCGAUAAAAUGCUACCUUAUUUCAAGGAUCAAGUGGAUAAGUCGGAGCUGAAUUGGUACAACGUCGUCUACAGGACCGAGAAGACAGACCCAACGAAGAUCGUCAAGUCUCUAAUCGAUGCACAGCAGUACGAGUUGUGCCUGGAGUGGUUGGAAUACCAGACAGCUUCCUCAGAUAUUCAAUCACUGGUCUCCCAGGAUCUCUUCCUGGGUCUUCUGAACAGUGCCAGUAAGAACGACGAGUUCAAGCACGCAGGAAAGCUCCUGAGGGCUCUUCCCCUGGGACAGGCGGAAAAACUCUGCAAAGGAGUGAUCGAGAAGGUCCAGUCCAUGGAGGCCCUGAAAUUUGUGGUGUCGUACCUCCUGAAUAAUUCAACCGACAGAGAUAAGUAUAAACGAGGAGCACUGGGUGUCGACCUCCUGUCGGUGCUCGAUAAAAAAGAUCGAGGGCACUACGUUCACCUCAUCACCGAGCCCCUUCUCCUCCUGGAGCAGCUCCUGAUGAACUGCAAAUUCGAUAAUCUCAGGAGAAUUCUGCAGACACAGAUGAAUAAUUUGAAACUCUCUGGCUUCACCAUCGAGAAGUUCGAUAAAAUCGUGAGAUUUUAUGCUGGAAAGUCCUUGGACCUGAGAGUGGCCACCCAGAGGGACCAGGAGACGAGAAAAGAGCUUCCAGGGCAGGCCCCUGAUUUCGUGAUGCCCCUGCAUGCACCAACCCGAGAGGAGUGGAUCCCAAAUGAUAAAGCGAGGGAGUGCAGCUGUUGCAGAAACGUUAUUUUUUCGAUGUUCAAUAGACGUCAUCACUGCAGAAGGUGUGGGAGAGUGGUCUGUGGUGCGUGCUCGAGCCAAAGGAUGACUGUUACUGGAUACGCCAGUUCGGUCAGGGUGAGGGUCUGCAAUGACUGCAAGAAACAGACGUCACAACUGCAGACAGUCCCCUCCAACGCCAGCAGUGAAACCUUCGACUGUUGGAAGCUAACGACCGAUCAGGGACACAACAAUACCCUGAGGGAAGAAUUCUGCUUCGAGUAUGCACCAAAUAUCUCCCUGUGUCUCGCCAUUCUGAAUUUCCACUCUGAUCACGAGGCAUACGCCAAUUUCCUCCAGGAUCGUUGCGACGAGAUGAAACAACUGCUCUAUCCAGACACCAAAGGACAGAUCAAUCGAGAGAUCGAUCACGCUCUCAUCCUGAAGAUGAUCAGGUCGUUGUUGAUCGCUGCGAAGGUCAAGUGUGCGAAACUGGGGUUGAAUACAGGAUUGACACAUUGCGAUAGAUUCCUGUCGCAGGUCGAUCUCAUCGACACUCUGAUGCAGUCCGACUGUCUUGCACUGUUACCACGAGGCGACUUGAAUGAUCACGCGUUCCGGAGGCUCAGAGAUAUUCUCACCGAGAAGGAGCAGUGGGUCCUCGCCCUGAAGGUCAGUACAAAGACAGGAUUAGACACCCAGGGGGUGUGGGCUGCCUGGGGAAAAGCCUGUCUCAAAGCGGGGUAUUAUGAGAGGGCCAGAGAGAAAUUUGAUUAUUGUCUGGAGAAGGUGAGUCAGGACGAUCUCGACGAUUGGGUUCUGCUGCCUCAUCCUUUACCCAAAACUGCCCGGGGUGAUAAAUCCGUGAAGAGCAGACCCACCAAGGAUCCACCACUCGUCGGAGAAAUUUUGUAUAUCCUCGAGAACUCAAAUUCCAGUGAACAGUACUCCAAGUCUCAGAUUUCUGGGAAGAACUCGACUGCCCAGGAGAUUAUGAACACCCUGGAGAAUUUAAAAGGAAUCUCCCAUGGGCAAUACAAGGUGGUGAAGGUGACCACCACCUCCAAGAGCAUUCGUUACCAAGAAAGUUUGUAUUAUCUCCUCAUGUAUGGCAGCUGUAAUUCAAUACUUGAAUUUUUUAUUCGACACAAUGAGCUCGACAAGUGUCUGGCGUACGCCCUCGAGAAUGAUGUGGACCCAGAGGUUUUCUUCAACGUGGCUAUCAUCGGAUGUCUUAAAAUUGGAAAACUCGGAAAGCUGUGUGACACCAUGACGGCGAAGGAUCCAACUCUCAUGACCUGGAAGAAGUACCUGAUUGCCACGUGUCUUUACCUGGAGCGGAAGCAGCUCAUGAAUACUCUCUAUCAAUUGCAAUUAUUCAUGAGGGAUUAUGUGCGUGCAGCGAUGACCUGCAUCAAAUUUUAUGUGACUGAUGCCUCGAUGUACUCUGAUCUCUGCACCAGGACGCAUUACCUGGUGGAGGCCCAGAGGCACCUGGAGGCUGAACUCCAAGUGGAGAGCUUCGGGAGGAGAAGGAAGAGUGUGUCGUCGAGUGCCAGUGGUCAGGGGAGCUUGACCAUGGAGAUGGAGCCCAGUGAGAUCGAUAAACAUGUCAAUACCAUCUCCAGGCAGAUGGAGGUCGCCAAGUUCCUGGGGAAUUGCGAGAGGGAGGGGAGAAAUGUCAACGAUUACUUGAGUAAACUCUCAUACAUGGAGUCUGAAGGACUCCAGCCAAGAUCUGUUCCCACAUUAUUUGGUAAUCAGAAGGAGAGGACUCAUCUCGCUGUUUUGGCAAUUCUGUGUGGGAGGGACGUCGAGGAGGGCUUUGGAUUUGCAUUCAGAAUAAUGCAGGAUUAUUACCUGUCACCGCAGAAGGUUUACUCCCUCGUUGGGCACAUUCUGGCGUUGGACAAGAGAGUAGGCUCCAUCGAGCAGUUGAUAAAGUGCUGCAGGAGCUCAGGGGCACCGAAUUCUCAGGUGAUUUCUGACAGGGUCCUUGCACAUUGUGUCAAACUACUGCUUGACAAGUUCAAGGCUGAGGCCUCUCCCAGUCCUAAAGAUCAGAUUGACAACCUGAUCAGGAUUAUUAAUGACGUGGAGAUGAAGAUUGACUCAUAUAUUGAGAGCAAGCAGCUCAAGGCUGCCUAUCUGUUGGCGGUUAAGCACUCGAGGGGUCAGGACAUCAGGAAGAUCCUCAGGGAGGCUGACAGGCUUGGCCAGACUGCCAUCAAGUCCAUCUGCAACAAGUGGCUUCAGCAGGCUAGGAAGUAAGUCGGUGGGCU